AUUUUGAUUAGUUUGGAACGUCGAUACAUGGAGUACUCAUCCAUGCCAUGCGAUAACAAUGAAAUGCACUUAUACGUACUUUUAUUUAUUCUAUACCUACUAUUUUUUUUCUGCCUAAUCUGUACAAGAUAUUGCAAUUAGUGCACAAUAUUUUUGAAUGGUUUAUCAAAUAUAAUCCGUUUUGCUUUCAUAAAAUCAAAUCCCUAUUAGUUUCCCUAAUGUAUCCAGUACAACUGCGCGAAAUGGAGCGAACUUCUCGAAAUAUAAGGUACAUCGACAAUGGAAAUGUUCUUUCCGUUUUACCCGCGUUUUCAAACUUCGUGUACUCUGCAUUAAUACCGACUAUUUGCGCGUUUGGAAUAAUAGGAAAUUUAAUAUGCUUAGUAGUUCUCAGUAAAAUGCAAAAACGUUGCUCUUUCUAUGUCUAUUUAAGCGUGGUCGCCACAGCAAAUUUUUUGACAUGCAUAGUUCUAUUUGUAUCUGGACUAUCCAGAGGUCUGUUAUCCAAUCAUGGUAACUGGGAAACUUUGGAUUCUCUAAUAUUUCUCCCCAUUGGUGAAUGUUUGAACUGUAUCAGCGCCUGCGCUACCGUGUUUGUUACAAUCGACCGAUUGAUUUAUUUAAAGAAACCAACACAGACAUUCAAACCAAAGUUUUGUAAGCGCGGAGUUGCUGGACGAAUUAUGCUUUUUAUCGCAUGUGGUUCAGCAGUAUAUGUUUUGCCAUAUUGUUUUGUAUACAAGUUAGGCGAGAAUUGGACGGUGGAAAAAACUCCGUUUUAUGAUUCAAUAUAUUUUACAAUAUACAACUGGCUCGAUGUUUGUCUACUUGCUGUAGUACCAGCAAUUGUGCUGUCAAUAGGAAAUACAAUGUUGUUCCUUUCAAUAAGAAAUGCUUGUCAAAUACUGAAAGACUGUCAAAGUAAGGUGUGUAAUGGAAAAAUACGCGUAAUAGUCGACCAAACCAAAAUAACAAUAACACUGGUAGCAAUAGUGUUCGUGCAUUUAAUUGGAGAAGUACCCGCCCAUUUCACACGACGAAUAACUUCGGCAAAUAUACUUUUUGGUGGAGAUGACAAGCAAGCUGAAGAUUCUGUGAUAAUGGAAUAUUUUCGUGUUGCAACGACCCUUCUCAACGCACUUCAUUUGGCAAUGAAAUUUAUAUUAUACGCUAACUUUUGCCCUCCGUUUUGUAAAGCCCUCAAGAAUUGUGUAUGCCUUAAAAAACAUCGAAAAUUCAAUAGAACGACUGUUAAGUUAUAUUUAAUUGAAAUUAAUUUUUUAGCUACCCUCGAAAAAUGCGCUAAAGAAUGUAGUCAAAUUAAAAUAUUUGAUAGUUUGGUUGGCAAAAGUAGUGCCUUGAGAGUUCAAAAUAUAUUGUGCUGAACUAUUACAAUUUAUUGGGUAUAGUGUGUGAGGAAAUUCGCCUUUUUGUACAUUGUAAUAAUCACAUAUACCUACAAUAAGCACAUAUUCUAUGUUUAAUUCCAUCAUUAAUAAACAAUUAAUACA